AACAAAACAAGCGGAGACUCUUCUCCCCAAUACAAAGUUAGUUGUUUAUUCACUCGUCAAUGGCAAAGAAAGCGCUUUUGAUCGGCAUCAACUACCCUGGAACCGCCGUCGAGCUACGUGGCUGUGUCAACGACGUCCGUCGCAUGCAGAAGUGCCUCAUCGACCGUUACGGAUUCUCAAACAAGGACAUAACGGUGUUGAUCGACACAGACAAAUCUAGCAUCCAACCCACCGGCAAGAACAUCCGCGAGGCUCUCAAGAAACUCAUCGCUGAAGGAGAACCGGGUGAUGUUCUGGUGUUUCAUUACAGUGGACAUGGCACGAGACUCCCAACAGAAGAAGGAUUGUUCGACGCAACAGAUUACGAUGAGUGUAUCACUCCUUGCGAUAUGAAUCUGAUCACGGACAAUGAGUUUAGAGACAUGGUGGCAGAGGUGAAAAAGGGAUGUCUGCUGACGAUAAUCUCGGACUCUUGUAGACAAUGAGUUUAGAGACAUGGUCUCAUAGAGGAAGCAAAAGAACAGAUCGGGGAGAGCUACGUGAAUAAGCCAAAAUCUAGGAUUGUUACUUUCUUAGUUAGCAUUGUGAGGAGUUUGCUAACGACUUGUGGAAUAUCCUCGAAUGAUUCUCAGAGAGGAAGUGGAGGAGGCCACGAUAGUUUCACUAGAGAGAGCGAGUUAGAGGACGGUGAGACGGUAGAUAUGAAAACAAGAUAUCUACCUCUCGAUAGCUACAUUAGUCUUCUCAAGGAGCAAACCGGACAAACCGAUAUCAAAUGUGGGAAAAUCAGACAAACACUUGUUAAAGUAUUUGGCGAAGACUCUAGUCCGCAUGUUAUGCUCUCUAAUUCAAUGAAACGAAAUGCUCACAGAGGAUUGCUAGGUAUGUUCAUAGGCAAGCGCGAGGUUAAUACAGAUGGUGCAGGAUCUGAACUUAAAAGUAAGCAUCCCAACAACGGUAUUUUGUUAAGUGGGUGUCAAACAGAUCAAAGAUCCGAGGAUGUAUACGUGACAAGAACUGGAAAAGCAUAUGGAGCAUUCAGUGACGCAAUUCAGACAAUAUUGUCGGGGACAAGACAGGAAAUAACGAACAAAGAGAUGGUUUUGAGAGCUAGAGAGAUUCUCAAGAAACAAAAGUUUGGUCAACGGCCAGGUUUAUAUUGUCAUGACCGUUAUGUUAAUAUCCCAUUUAUUUGCUAACACACAUGGA